AUGACAUCAAAUAAAAAUCCAGUAAUAUUGAAUGUUGAAUCUCGAUUCGGUUCAACAACAAAUUCUUCUCUUGAUUCUCCUCCAAUAAGUGAAUUAAUUGAUUUUCAUAAGAAACGUUUACGUAAACAGCUCAAAUAUCUGUACAUCGUGUCUGGAAUAAUCGCCAUGGUUGGCCUGGUAUUCUUAAUUACAUCGUUUUUUCUACCAAAAUGUGACAGUAGUUAUCGAGAUUGUUCGUCAUUAAAUAUAGUAUUUCUUACGGUCGGUUCAAGUAUCAUUGGUUUAGGAGUUGUAUUUGCACUUUCUGGUAUGUGCUUUCAGUGUUGUUGCAUGAAACAACAAUUUGAUGAUGUAAACGCUACUGAACAACAACAUAUUGUUUGGCGAUUGGAUGGCGCAGAAUGGACACGAUAUUUAGACUAUAUUCAUGGCCCCAAUCGAGCAUGGAUUGAAAUGGCUCAAUUAUCAUCUUUCUGCUGUCGACGUUCAGCCUAUGAGAGAUUAAUGAAUCGUCAAUAUGGUUAUAUUGUUUUGCAUGAAACUGGUUUGAUAAUUGAUGAAUUAUAUUUCAUUUCAUUUCGACAAUACACUUUACAAGGUGUACAAUUACUCGAUAUCGAUGAAUAUCAACGGACAGUAGGUUUAAGAAUACAUACAUAUCUUAACGCUGGAAGAAAUAGUCGCAACUGUUAUUUCGAUUUGUUUGCACCAUCAUCUGUCUCAUUGGAACAAUUGAAAACAAUUGCUAAAUUCUACAAUAUCAAAAUCCCUGGACUCAAUGUAUUAGGUCUAGCUAUGGAUGGAAUUCCUCUUGCUCAAUCUACUCCACAAGCAUUCAGCUAA